GUAGCCACAAAGGAGACAGACAGUGCAAGAUCUCGUAGCAUGCCAAUGUCGCCAUCUGAUUUCCUGGAUAAGCUAAUGGGUAGGAUGUCAGGCUACGAUGCGAGGAUCAGACCAAAUUUCAAAGGCCCUCCAGUUAAUGUCACAUGCAACAUAUUUAUAAACAGCUUUGGAUCCAUUGCAGAGACAACCAUGGAUUACCGAGUGAACAUCUUUCUCCGUCAGAAUUGGAAUGAUCCACGCCUCGCAUACAGUGAAUAUCCAGAUGACUCUUUAGACUUAGAUCCAUCCAUGCUGGAUUCAAUUUGGAAACCUGACUUGUUCUUUGCUAAUGAAAAAGGUGCCAACUUUCAUGAAGUUACAACAGAUAAUAAGUUGCUGCGAAUUUUCAAAAAUGGAAAUGUGCUUUAUUCCAUCAGAUUGACUUUAAUACUGUCCUGUCCGAUGGAUCUCAAAAAUUUUCCAAUGGAUGUGCAAACAUGUAUAAUGCAGCUGGAAAGCUUUGGAUACACAAUGAAUGAUCUCAUUUUUGAAUGGCAAGAAAAGGGAGCAGUUCAAGUAGCAGAAGGUCUCACUCUACCACAGUUUCUGUUGAAAGAAGAAAAGGAUUUAUGUUACUGCACCAAGCAUUACAAUACAGGAAAGUUUACAUGUAUUGAAGUGCGAUUUCACCUUGAGAGGCAGAUGGGUUACUAUCUCAUCCAGAUGUACAUACCGAGUCUCUUGAUCGUCAUUCUCUCCUGGGUAUCAUUUUGGAUCAAUAUGGAUGCAGCUCCAGCCCGAGUGGCUUUAGGCAUAACGACAGUACUGACCAUGACAACGCAAAGCUCAGGUUCACGAGCGUCUCUUCCAAAGGUGUCAUAUGUCAAAGCGAUUGACAUCUGGAUGGCUGUGUGUCUGCUUUUUGUAUUUUCUGCGCUUUUGGAGUACGCAGCUGUAAACUUUGUGUCGAGGCAGCAUAAAGAACUGCUGCGAUUCCGCCGCAAGAGGAAGAAGAACAAGGUAAAAGAUGAUGACAUAAGGGAAAGCCAGUUCAGUUUUACAGCAUAUGGAGUGAGCCCAUGUCUGCAGGCAAAAGACGGAGUGACACAAAAGGGGCCAAACAAUCCUGUUCAAGCUGCACCAAAAAGCCCUGAUGAGAUGCGAAAGGUAUUUAUUGACCGGGCCAAGAAGAUAGACACGAUAUCCAGAGCUUGUUUCCCAUUAGCCUUUCUGAUUUUCAAUAUUUUUUAUUGGGUAAUUUACAAAAUCAUCAGGCAUGAGGACAUUCACCAGUAA